AUUCACUCAUCAAAGUUCAAACACAAUCUAUCAAAUACACUAUGUCUUCCUCUAACAAGGCUCCCGCUAUUGGCAUCGAUCUCGGCACUACCUAUUCCUGCGUUGGUGUAUGGAAGAACGAUGCUGUUGAGAUCGUUGCUAACGAUCAGGGUAACCGGACUACGCCCUCUUACGUGGCCUUCACUGAUACUGAACGGUUGGUUGGCGAUGCCGCUAAGAACCAGGUGGCAAGGAACCCCGAAAACACCGUCUUUGACGCCAAGAGACUGAUUGGUCGCAAGUUCGAUGAUUCCGUGGUUCAGCACGAUAUGAAGAUGUGGCCAUUCAAGGUUACUAGAGGCGCUGACGACAAGCCGAUCAUUGAAGUCCAGUAUAAGGGCGAGAAAAAGCAAUUCCAUGCUGAGGAGAUAUCCUCUAUGGUGCUCACUAAGAUGAAGGAGACUGCUGAGGCCUUCCUAGGUGGUAAGGUUAGCGAUGCUGUCGUGACCGUCCCUGCGUAUUUCAACGAUUCCCAGAGGCAAGCCACUAAGGAUGCCGGCUCUAUUGCUGGCCUCAAUGUCCUCCGUAUCAUCAAUGAGCCCACUGCUGCUGCUAUCGCUUAUGGUCUCGAUAAGAAGGGUCAAGGUGAAAAGAACGUCCUCAUCUACGAUCUUGGUGGCGGAACUUUCGAUGUCUCCCUAUUGACUAUUGAGGAUGGUAUCUUCGAGGUCAAGGCCACUGCUGGUGAUACCCAUCUGGGUGGUGAGGAUUUCGAUAAUCGUAUCUUGGAGUUCUGCAUGCAGGAUUUCAAGCGUAAGAACCGUGGCAAGAGCAUUGAGGGCAACCAGAGGGCUAUGCGUCGUCUCCGUACUCAGUGCGAGCGCGCUAAGAGAACCCUGUCCUCGUCUACUCAGGCCAGCAUUGAAAUCGAUUCUCUCUUUGAGGGUAUUGACUACAACUGCACUCUGUCUCGUGCUCGGUUCGAGGAGCUUUGCAUGGACUACUUCCGUAACACCAUGGGUCCUGUAGAGAAGGUCCUCAAGGAUUCGGGUAUUGACAAGAAGAGCGUCAACGAGGUCGUCCUUGUUGGUGGCUCUACUCGUAUCCCCAAGGUCCAGUCUAUGAUCAAGGAGUUCUUCAAUGGUAAGGAGGCUGCUAAGUCCAUCAACCCCGAUGAGGCCGUCGCCUACGGUGCUGCUGUACAGGCUGCCAUUCUCACUGGAGAAGGCUCUAGCCAAGUUCAGGACUUGCUGUUGUUGGAUGUGACUCCUUUGUCUCUCGGUCUUGAGACUGCUGGUGGUGUUAUGACCAAGCUAAUUGAGCGUAACACUACUAUCCCCACUAAGAAGACUCAGACAUUCACCACCUACGCUGAUAACCAGCCUGGUGUGUUGAUCCAAGUCUUCGAGGGUGAGCGUGCCAUGACCAAGGACAACCACCUUCUGGGCAAGUUCCAGCUCGAGGGUAUUCCUCCGGCUCCUCGUGGUGUCCCUCAGAUUGAGGUCACUUUCGAUAUUGAUGCCAAUGGUAUCCUUAACGUGAGCGCUCAGGAUAAGUCCACUGGCAAGAGCAACAAGAUCACUAUCACCAAUGAGAAGGGUCGUCUCUCUCAGUCUGAUAUCGACCGUAUGGUUGAUGAAGCUGAAAAGUACAAGGCUGAGGAUGAGGCCAAUAAGGAGAAGGUUGAGGCUAAGAACGCCCUCGAGAACUACUGUUUCAGCAUUAAGAACACUCUGAUGGAGGAGAAGUUCAAGGAGAAGCUCUCCAGCGAUGACAAGUCCGCCAUCGAAAAGGCUGUUGAUGAUGCCCUUUCGUGGUUGGAUAGAAAUCAGCUCGGUGAGAAGGAAGAAUUUGAUGCUAAGCAGAAGGAGGUCGAGGCUGUUGUUAACCCCAUUAUGAUGAAGGUGUACCAGUCUGGUCAGGAAGGUGGUGCUGCUCCUGGUGGCCCAGCUCCUGGCGCUGGUCCCGCUCCUGGUGGUAGCAGUUCCGGUCCCACUGUCGAGGAGGUCGACUAAAAUUUUCAAGUGUACAAAAAAUACACCGUCUAUAAUGAUUGUUUAAUUUCAACUAACCACUUGAGGCAAUGCCUUCUACUAGUGGAAACCGAAAGACACAGUAAACACCCUUUCAGUAAUACUGCGUAAUCUGUACA